CUCUCCCCCUCUCUCCCUCUCCUCCCGCCCUCCAGGAUGCCCAAGAAGAAGACCGGCGCGCGGAAGAAGGCUGAGAGUCGGCGCGUCCGCGAAAAGUUGAGUCGAGCGGCCCGGGACAACGUGGACGUGGCGAAACAUCCCUGCAAUAUCAGCAUGGAAUGUGAUAAAUGCCAAAGACGGCAGAAGAACCGAGCCUUUUGUUACUUCUGCAGUUCGAUACAGAAGUUACCGACAUGUGCGCACUGUGGAAAAACAAAAUGUAUGUUAAAGACUUCUGAUUGCGUUGUAAGGCACCCUGGCGUCUACAGUACAGGACUUGCCAUGGUGGGAGCAAUUUGUGAUUUCUGCGAAGCCUGGAUAUGCCACGGGAGGAAGUGUCUAAGCACACAUGCCUGUAUCUGCCCCCUUACAGAUGCUGAUUGCAUUGAGUGUGAGAGAAGUGUGUGGGAUCAUGGAGGAAGGAUAUUCCGCUGCUCUUUCUGCCACAACUUCCUCUGUGAAGAUGAUCAGUUUGAACACCAGGCAAGCUGCCAAGUCUUGGAAGCUGAAACCUUCAAGUGCAUUUCUUGUAAUCGCCUGGGGCAGCACUCCUGCCUACGUUGUAAGGCUUGUUACUGUGAUGACCAUGUUCGCAGCAAGGUCUUCAAACAGGAAAAGGGGAAAGCGCCUCCUUGUCCUAAAUGUGGUCAUGAAACGCAGGAGACAAAGGAUCUCAGCAUGUCCACUCGUUCAGUGAAGUUUGGUAGACAGGCAGAAGCUGAAGAAGAUGGUGCUUCUGGUUAUAAUAAUUACUGGAAAGAUAUGGGGUCCGGAAGAGGCUACACUGGUGAAGAUGAUGACUUUUGCGAAGACGAUGAGGACUAUGAAGAAGAGGACGAGGAGGAAGUCGAGGAUAAAACAGAGAGUGGGGUUGAGAGUGAGACCAAAAGCUUCAGUGACACAUUUGCUGGUCUGAAUUUGGGGAGAACAUAUGCAAGUGGGUAUGCACACUAUGAGGAAUCGUAGGGCCAAAGCAUUGCACACUCAGAAGAUGGUUUGUAACUUUAUAUUUAAAAACGUGACUUCAAGUGAUGCGUUGAAAUAAAUGGUUGAACAUCUGUGGUGUCAAAUGUAUGUUUUUAAAACCAUGUCUAAUAGACCCUUUCUUUAACUCCAACUCCCUUGAAUAAACUUAAUUUGCUGUUUCA